GCUGCAGCCAGACUUCUGCCUCCAUUGCUCCGCUGCGUCCUCCUCCUCCUCCGCACUACUUUCCAUCCCGCGGGUAGAUCACCAGGCGUCCGGGGAAAGCUGCUCUCACCCCCCCUCCCCCUCGGCUCCUUUCUCCCCCUUUUUUUGUAUUUUUUUCUAUACUUUACCCCCCCCAACAACUGGACUUUCUCCCCAUGAUCCCAACACCCGGCCGAACGAGCGCUAGCGUCCCGGGCUAGGAAGAUUCGAGAAUGAACUUUGGACUUUCCGCCGGGCUCUUCGUGACAUGUCCCCCCCCGUCGUCCUGGAUCUAAUAGAAUAACAUCGACAGCCCCGGCGUGGCGGCGGCGGCGGCUGGGCUAACAACACAAAACACACACACACAAGAAAUUGAACUAGCGAGGGGGAAUAUUGCUUUCUGCCGAGCGACCUCAGACGGCGACAACUUUUAACCUGCCACUUCCGAGGAGGAGCGGGGCAGGAACAUGUCCUCCAAAGCGGCAACUAAGAGUGCAGCGAUGGAGGAAACAGUGAUAUGGGAACAGCACACGGUGACCCUUCACAGGGCCCCAGGAUUUGGGUUUGGCAUUGCCAUCUCAGGUGGCCGAGACAACCCUCAUUUCCAGAGUGGAGAAACAUCCAUUGUGAUAUCUGAUGUGUUAAAAGGAGGUCCUGCAGAGGGACUUCUACAAGAAAAUGACCGUGUUGUGAUGGUCAAUGCUGUCUCUAUGGACAACGUAGAGCAUGCCUACGCUGUGCAGCAACUCCGCAAGAGUGGCAAAAAUGCAAAGAUAACUAUCCGUAGGAAAAGGAAAGUACAAAUCCCUGUUUCGCGGCCAGGAGACAGGGAGACAAUGUCAGAGCAUGAGGAAGAGGACAGUGAUGACGAGGAUGACUAUGAGCACCAAAGUGGUCGUGGUGGCCCAAGUGCCUAUGGAGCAGCAAGUGGAGGCACAGGCAGGCGUCCGGAUCGUGAGCGCAGCAGCAGCGGCAGACGGGAUCGCAGUCCCUCGCGGGAGAGGAGCGUCUCACCGCGCUCUGACCGCCGUUCACAAGUCUCGUCUGCUCCUCCCAGGCCAGCCAAGGUCACCCUCGUCAAGUCCCGCAAAAAUGAAGAAUAUGGACUCCGAUUGGCCAGCCACAUCUUUGUGAAGGACAUCUCUCCCGAAAGCCUUGCUGCCAGAGAUGGAAACAUCCAGGAGGGAGAUGUUGUACUCAAGAUCAAUGGCACAGUCACAGAGAACCUGUCACUGAUAGAUGCCAAGAAGCUGAUUGAAAGGUCAAAGGGCAAGUUGAAGAUGGUGGUGCAGAGAGAUGAACGUGCCACGCUGCUCAACAUCCCAGAUCUCGAUGACAGUAUCCCAUCAGCUAAUAAUUCAGACAGAGAUGAUAUUUCAGAAAUACAUUCACUGACAUCAGAUCAUUCCAAUCGAUCCCUCGGGCGAGGUAGUCGAUCACGUUCGCCCGACAGGACUGACGCAUCGGACCAUCUCCGUCACUCACCUCGGCAGAUCAGCAAUGGCAGCCAUCGAAGUCGAGAUGAGGAACGUGGAUCCAAACCCGGGUCCAUGUCCACACCGGUGAAAAGCUCUGAUGAUGGAGUCUUAUCUCAGGCCAGUGACCAGGCCAGUUCCAGAGAUGAGAAAUCGUUACCCCCGCUGCCUGAACCAAAGCCAGUGUAUGCGCAGCCUGGUCAGCCUGACGUGGACCUGCCCGUCAGCCCCUCUGAUGCCCCGGUACCCAGCGCCGCUCAUGAUGAAACUCUAAGCAGGCCAAGUAUGAAGCUGGUGAAGUUCAAGAAAGGAGAGAGUGUCGGGCUGCGGUUAGCAGGAGGGAACGAUGUGGGGAUUUUUGUGGCAGGAGUUUUGGAAGACAGUCCUGCAGCCAAGGAGGGACUGGAGGAGGGCGACCAGAUUCUCAGGGUGAACAACGUGGACUUUGCCAACAUCAUCCGAGAGGAAGCCGUGCUGUUCUUGCUGGAUCUCCCAAAAGGAGAAGAAGUAACUAUUCUCGCUCAAAAGAAAAAGGAUGUGUAUCGAAGGAUAGUGGAAUCCGACGUGGGCGACUCCUUCUACAUUCGGACACAUUUUGAAUAUGAGAAAGAGUCACCUUAUGGCCUGAGCUUCAACAAGGGCGAGGUGUUCCGUGUUGUUGACACGCUCUACAACGGAAAACUGGGUUCUUGGCUCGCUAUCCGGAUUGGCAAGAACCAUCAGGAAGUGGAAAGGGGCAUCAUCCCAAACAAGAAUAGAGCUGAGCAGUUAUCCAGUGUGCAGUACACCCUCCCCAAAACACCAGGGGGCGACAGAGCGGACUUCUGGAGAUUCCGAGGACUGCGAAGUUCCAAGAGGAAUUUGCGGAAGAGCAGGGAGGACUUGUCUGCGCAGCCAGUUCAGACCAAGUUCCCUGCGUAUGAGAGGGUGGUGCUGAGGGAAGCUGGGUUCCUCAGGCCAGUGGUUAUCUUUGGACCGAUAGCAGAUGUGGCCAGAGAGAAAUUGGCCAGGGAGGAGCCAGACAUAUUUGAACUAGCAAAAACACAGAAACAACAAGGAGGGGAAAAGAGCGAAGCCAGGGAUGCAGGAACCGACAAGAAAAACUCUGGCAUCAUCCGCCUGCACACCAUUAAACAGAUAAUUGACCGAGACAAGCACGCCGUUCUGGACAUCACCCCGAAUGCAGUGGACCGUCUGAACUACGCUCAGUGGUAUCCCAUUGUGGUGUUCGUCAACCCUGACACCAAGCAGGGCGUCAAGACCAUGAGGACCCGCCUCUGCCCCGAGUCGAGGAAGAGUGCCCGGAAACUCUAUGAUCGAGCCCUCAAAUUGAGAAAAAACAACCACCACCUCUUCACCACCACCAUUAACUUGAACAACAUGAACGAUGGUUGGUUCGGAGCACUGAAAGACAAUAUCCAGCAGCAGCAGAACCAGCUGGUGUGGGUUUCAGAGGGCAAGGCUGAUGGGGCAGCUGAGGACGACCUGGACAUCCAUGACGAUCGUCUGUCCUACUUGUCGGCACCAGGUAGUGAGUAUUCCAUGUACAGCACCGACAGCCGCCACACCUCCGACUACGAGGACACCGACACAGAGGGCGGAGCUUACACCGACCAGGAGCUGGACGAAACACUGAAUGACGAUGUGGGUCCACCCACGGAGCCUGCCAUCACCCGCUCCUCUGAGCCUGUCCGUGAGGAUCCACCCGUCAUCCAAGAGCCCCCUGGCUACGCUGGCUACCAGCACACGGUGCAACCGGACCCCCUGAACCGCAUCGACCCGGCUGGGUUCAAGGCACCAGUGCCGCAGCAGAAAGCAGAGGCCGCUGCCGUCCCUAGCCUCCCCCAGCAGCCUGAGCCCCUGGCUGAGACAAUGCCCCCUGCUGUCGACGUUACUGUAAAAACUGUAGGGGGCGUGAGUCCUGACGAGGCUCCUGCAGCUCCCCACAUGCAGCCAAGCCCCGACCCAGAGGCUGGCUCGCUUAGGAGGCCCACCCCUGAGCUAGCCCGUCAGAGCGUCACGCCAGAACCUCAACAGUCUGGACUGGCCAGUUCUGAACCAAAGAUGUUUCAAAAGGAUCCAUACAGCACAGACACCAUAGGGAGAACCAGUCACAGUAUGAAGCCUGUGGGCUACAACCAUCAGCAGGGAUAUCACCCUGACCAGCAGCCGUACAGAGAUUACGACCACCCCCCGAGUCGGUAUGAUGUCAGCAGCAGUGGAGUCAGCAGCGGAGGUGGUUAUCGAGAACCAAAGUAUCAUGACUAUGACUCUAACCCCCCCUUCGAGAACAGUGUGCCUCACUACGACCAGCAACAGUGGAACCCCUACAACCAGCCGCCCUCUACUGCCAAUUCUCAGGGCUACGAUCCCCGUUUGCCAUACGGUGACGGCCCUGACUCCCACUACACCCCUCCUCUCCGCUACGACGAGCCCCCACCUCAGCAGGGAUUUGACGGGCGGCCCCGUUAUGGCAAACCAACGGGCCCUGCACCUGUCCGUUAUGAUGAUCCUCCAGCACCAGGGCCUGACAUGCACUAUGACCAGGAUUCUCACCUGAGUACGUACCCUGAUGCUGCCCGCUCCCCUGACCCAGCUGCCCAGCGACCUGCCUAUAACCAGGGACCAGCGCCGCAGCAAAAAGGUUACAAACCUCAGCAGUAUGACCCUGUUCCUGUGAACUCUGAAACCAGCCCCACACCUCCUCCGAAAGCAGAGAACUCCUCACCUUCCCCUGUGGACCUUACAAAAUCUGCACCUGCCAGAGAUGAGCCACGAGAGGACGAACCAGCCAUGCGGCACCAGUCGGUCCUGACGAGAGUCAAGAUGUUCGAAAACAAACGCUCUGUGUCCGUAGACCGAGCCAGAGAAACCGGGGAUCCAUCUGGAACCAGGGCAGCAGAUUUACCCUUGAAAGCAGGUGGAGUAAUCCCUAAAGCAAAUUCUCUUAGCAACCUGGAUCAAGAGAAGACCUUUAGAGCUCCAGAGCCACAGCAACCUCCCAAUGUAGCUGACGACAUUGUGCGCUCCAACCAUUACGACCCUGAUGAGGACGAGGACUACUACAGGAAACAGCUGUCUUAUUUUGACCGUCUCCAAGUUGGCCCCUCCAAACCCCAGCCACAAGCACAACCAACCCACAACAACUACAGGACGGAGUCAGUGGAAAAACCAAGUCCAGUGGAGAAAAAAUAUGAGCCUGUUCCCCAGGUUACACCGUCGCUGCCACCAGCCACACUGCCCAAACCUGAAGCCAAGCCUCCUGGCCGAGAGGAAACUGUCCAGACCAACUUCCUGCCGCAUAAGAGUUUCCCUGAGAAGUCUCCAGUUAAUGGCACAAGUGACCAGCCUCCAAAAACAGUUACUGUGGCUCCAGCAGCAUCAAGCUACAACCGCUUUGCGCCCAAGCCCUACACCACCUCUGCCAAGCCUUUCGCACGCAUGUUCGACAGUCCGAAAUUCAACCACAACCUUUUGCCCAAUGACAAGCCUGAGAUUGCUCCAAAGGACCGGAGCUCCAGCCCGGUGAAGCCUCAGGUGAAUCCUCAGCCACAGAACACGGACCAUGACAGCGGCGUGGACACGUUCACACGCACGAUGGACCACCGCUCCAAAUACCAGCACAACAACAUCAACGCUGUGCCCAAGGCCAUCCCAGUGAGCCCCAGUGCUCUGGAUGAUGAUGAAGAUGAAGAUGAGGGCCACACAGUAGUUGCAACAGCUCGAGGAAUCUUCAACAGUAACGGUGGCGUCCUGAGCUCCAUCGAGACAGGUGUCAGCAUAAUAAUCCCACAGGGCGCCAUCCCUGAUGGUGUGGAGCAGGAGAUCUACUUCAAGGUCUGCAGAGACAACAGCAUCCUGCCACCGCUCGACAAAGAGAAAGGAGAGACUCUGCUCAGCCCUCUGGUGAUGUGUGGACCUCAUGGCCUUAAGUUUUUGAAGCCCGUGGAGCUGCGCUUACCUCACUGUGCGUCAAUGACCCCUGAUGGUUGGUCUUUUGCUCUAAAAUCCUCCGACUCCUCGUCGGGUGACCCGAAAAGCUGGCAGAACAAGUCUGUUCCCGGGGACCCCAACUACCUGGUGGGCGCCAACUGCGUCUCCGUGCUCAUUGACCACUUUUAAAGAUGGAGACGGAGGCGGGGCCGGCAGGUGUGACGUUACUGAACACGGAGCCACGGUGGAUAAAAUGAAGAUGACACACACAAGCUGUUUUCAGACAUGACCUCCAGAGGAGCUCCAGCCAAUUUGGUCCAUACUUUCUCCAGAGUAUUCCCUUUCACACAUGCAGGAGAUUCUCCGCUCGGGCGCGUUCACAACAGUAACACAUUUUUCCGCAGGAUUCAGGCGAGGGGGGGUGCAGCAGAAGGCAGAGGCAGGAAGUCACAUAUUAGUCCCGCUGCGAAGAUCACAUGUUUUUGUUUACAGAACAUCCACACAGGCGUCGGCCCUUAUCACUACAAACUCUCAUGACAUCUUCGUCAGUGGCUGUUCUAUUUGUAUGGCAGCGCUUCUUUUUUUGGUAGUAUUUUUGUAUUUUUUAAUUCUUUGCGUCUGUUCCGUGUCAGAAGUGUCGCCAACCUCCCGCUCGCUCCCGGUGGAUCCAGCGGAGGAUCUCCUGCUGUGUUCUCACAUUGACUCCGGAGUUUCUGUUGUCUUCACACAAGGGGGCCAGACGGAGAAAGUCAGCAGAAACUCCAGAGGCUCUUACUCUGACAUUUGCGUUCACACAUACGACCCGACGGAGACAUUCCGGAGGAUUUCUGGAGUUCAGUGCAUGUCUGAAAGCAUGAAAGAAGGCUACACACUCACACACACACACACACACACACACACACACACACACACACACUGAUGGAUGCACUCCUAACACACACCAUAGAAUGGAGUAUGAAGAAGAUUGGCUCUGUGCUGUUUACCCACAGAAGAAGGAGAGACUGAUGAUCACUACAAGUUAUUCCUGAAAACAAUUUCCCCCAAUAUGAGGUUUUGAUGUGAAAUGAAGUUGUUGAUGAUGCAUGCCCCAUUCCACUGAGGUUUAACUUUUUAUAUAAGGCGAUGUUUAUUGUAAUUUUUACAUGAAUAUAGACUGGCGGACGGCUUUUGAGGCAGCGUAAAUGCUUCAAACAUAUUUAUGCUAUAUAUGCAUACAGUAUAUAUAGUAGUAUAGAGAGGAUUUACUUAAGUUUAAAUCAUGAAUUCAGUCGAGAUCUUGUCAUUUUUCAGUUCAGGUGACUUGAAGACAGACCGCGUUUAUUAUUUUUUCCUCCACAAUGAAGGUUUGAGGCGGAGGUGAGAUAAAACAUAGAUGGUGACGUGUGGAAGUUUCUGUUGAAGGAGUUGAAAAAAGCUCGAGUUGGAUAUGAACCCAAGUAGCACACUUUUAUAGAGAAGCUCUGCCUCCACUCCUGUACUCUUCCUUUUCCUACGGUUAUAUCUUGUAGCUCUUAUUUCUUCCCACAUCUCUCCUUCCAGCCUGAGGGAGAUCUAUGCAUGUUCUUGACUCAGGUCCAGUAGCCUCCUCAGUUCCCUCCUCACAUCUCUCUCACUCUCUCUCUUUCUUCGCUCUUUCUUUCUCUCUCUGUCUGUGCGCUCUUGCACACACACACAAAUAAGCAGUGAUGCCUUAUCUGCAGAUUAUUCACUUCUCAUCAAGAAAAAAAACAAAUAAGUUAUGAUAAAUUAUGGUAUAAUGUCAUUUGUUUUUGCCAUUUCAUCUUUUUUGUGGACCCACUGUAUAAAUGAACUUGGGUUUAGCUCACAAUAACAGUCGAUAAAGGAUAACGAAGGUAUGCUCUUCUUUUAUCUGCUAUGCAUUACUUACAGAAAAGAAAAAAACAGAAAAGAAGUGGCUGUAAAUAAAGCUAGCAUAUUGCCUUGUUUCUUUUGUUUGUAAAUGAACUUUUUGUAUGUCUUUCUUUUUUGUAUAAAACUUAGAGCAAACAUGUGGAAGCGAGUGAACAUGCUUAUCUUUGUAUUCUGGAUAUACCCUCGAGCCUUGGAACUUAUAACCUAACAAUAACACAUCACACAUUUUCUACCAAUAUAUUCACCCUAUGUUACAGUCACGACUAAGGACUUUUCUUUUUUAACGGCUAUUUAAGGAUCAGGAUCAAGUACUUUGGCUAAAAAACAUUUCGAACCUGUUCUUUUGAAAGGGUGUGCUCUCAAAGUGUUCCCCUCACUGAUUUGUGAUACUGGAUGCUGUAUCGUGUGCCCUUAAAUGUAUUUUUGUACUAAUAGACAAUAUAUAAUGUAUGGCACACCAGUACCAUUUUUAUUUUUAGAUAUAACACGGCUUUAAUUGGAUAUUAGCUCUUCACGUGUGGCUGACUUUUUUUUCUCCUCUACAACACAAUUUUAAGUAUACCACUGUAUUAAUAAAUAAAAUCAUUUUUAAAGUAAAGAA